GGCGGUAUAAAGGCAGGGGGACGGAGACGUGAGAGCAAGGCACACCCAAGCGACGCAACAUGAAGUGUCUGGUGGUAGCAGCGCUGGCGGUAGUAGCCGUGGGCUCACCAGUACCAGACAAUUGUGUCGUGCCAUGUGGAACUGUCGGCCAGGCUUAUGCGGCCUUUCCACUCCAGUACCAGGCAACCUAUGCAGUUGGUGCUGGCUCAGUUGCACCAACUCUGAAGUCAACAAGUACUGCAGCUUUCAUGGCUGCCUGGAAUGCUGCUGCUGCUCGAGCAAAUACCAUUACAUCGACUCUAUUGACACCAUCAGGAUAUGUUCAAAAUCCUGCACAAGUCCACACAGCCUGUGCACAGUUCUUGGCAGCAUGGAAUCAAGCUGCUACACGUGCAGCAACUGUCCAGCAUGCAGUCUACUCUCUCCCACAACCAGUUCAGCAAACUGAAGAAGUUAAGAAAGCUACUGAGGAGUUCAUGGCUGCAUGGAGGGCCGCUGCUCAGCGAGUUUCAACUAUUCAGCAAGCAAUCACUGUUUCUGCUGAUCCUUAUUCCUCUGCACCUAAGCCGGUAGAAGCUACUGAAGAGGUGAAAAGGGCUACAGCUGAAUUCAUGGAAGCUUGGAAUAAGGCUGCAGCAAGAGUGCCAUCUAUUCAAACCACUAUGUACCAGCUCUCAGGAACAACACCUGCUGCUGCUCCUUCUCAACCAGCUGGAUCUACACCCCAGUUUAGUCCAUCAGUUGAACAAGCUACUGCUGAGUUCAUGAAGGCAUGGAAUGCUGCUGCUGCUGCUGCUGCAGCUGCUCCUGAUGUCAAUAUCAUCAUGGGUGCUAGCUCACGUCCCCAAAGCCCUGCUCAGUCUGUUGGUACCUAUUCUGCUCCUUCUUACACUCCAGCUGCUCCUUCUGUACCUUCACAUGGAGCUCCUCAGCCAGUUCAACCUACUGCUGAAGUUCAGAGAGCUACUGCAGAAUUCAUGGCUGCAUGGAAUAAGGCUGCUGCACGAGCAACCAAGAUUCAGUCAGUCUUAGUAAAGUCUGGAACUCCUGGUCAUUACACCAUUCAAGUUCCUCAACAGGUUCAAGCUACCAGGGAAGUACAAAAGGCUACAGCUGAAUUCAUGGCUGCAUGGAAUGAAGCUGCACGUCGAGCAACUACUGUACAGCAUGCUAUGUAUUCUGUACCUCAGCCAGUCCAGCCAACUGAAGAAGUUCGACGAGCUACUGCUGAAUUCAUGGCUGCUUGGGAAUCUGCUGCACAGAGAGCAUCUGCUAUCAGACAAGCAGUGAGUGUGACUGCUGAUCCUUACUCUGCUGUACCAAAACAGGUAGAGGCUACUGAGGAAGUUAAGAGAGCCACAGCUGAAUUCAUGGAUGCUUGGAAUAAGGCUGCAGCUAGAGUAGGAGCCAUUCAGACUACUGUUUACCAAGUAGCAGGUACUGUGCCAGCUGCUGCUCCUGCUCAACAAGUGACUGCUGAGUUCAUGAAGCCCCCGGAAAAAAUUAAGGCAUGGAAUGCUGCUGCUGCAGCUGCUGCAGCUGCUCCUGAUGUCAAUAUCAUCAUGGGUGCUAGCUCUCUUCCUCGGACUCCUGCUCAGACUGUUGUAUACCAAGCACACUCUGUUGGUACCCCAUCUGCUCCUUCCUCUUUCACUCCAGCUGCUCCUGCUGUACCUUCAUAUGGAGCUCCUCAGCCAGUUCAACCUACUGCUGAAGUUCAGAGAGCUACUGCAGAAUUCAUGGCUGCAUGGAAUAAGGCUGCUGCACGAGCAACCAAGAUUCAGUCAGUCCUAGUUAAGUCUGGAACUCCUGGUCAUUACACCAUUCAAGUUCCUCAACAGGUUCAGGCUACCAGGGAAGUACAAAAGGCUACAGCUGAAUUCAUGGCUGCAUGGAAUGAAGCUGCACGUCGAGCAACUACUGUUCAGCAUGCUAUGUAUUCUGUACCUCAGCCAGUCCAGCCAACUGAAGAAGUUCGAAAAGCUACUGCUGAGUUCAUGGCUGCUUGGGAAUCUGCUGCACGGAGAGCAUCUGCUAUCAGACAAGCAGUGAGUGUAACUGCUGAUCCUUAUUCUGCUGUACCAAAACAGGUAGAGGCUACUGAGGAAGUUAAGAGAGCCACAGCUGAAUUCAUGGAUGCUUGGAAUAAGGCUGCAGCUAGAGUAGGAGCCAUUCAGACUACUGUUUACCAAGUAGCCGGUACUGUACCAGCUGCUGCUCCUGCUCAACCUUCUGGAUCUGCUCCCCGUUUCACCCCUGCUGUUGAACAGGCUACUGCUGAGUUCAUGAAGGCAUGGAAUGCUGCUGCUGCUGCUGCUGCAGCUGCUCCUGAUGUCAAUAUCAUCAUGGGUGCUAGCUCUCUUCCUCGGACUCCUGCUCAGACUGUUGUAUACCAAGCACACUCUGUUGGUACCCCAUCUGCUCCUUCCUCUUUCACUCCAGCUGCUCCUGCUGUACCUUCAUAUGGAGCUCCUCAGCCAGUUCAACCUACUGCUGAAGUUCAGAGAGCUACUGCAGAAUUCAUGGCUGCAUGGAAUAAGGCUGCUGCACGAGCAACCAAGAUUCAAUCUGUCUUAGUUAAGUCUGGAACUCCUGGUCAUUAUACCAUUCAAGUUCCUCAACAGGUUCAGGCUACCAGGGAAGUACAAAAGGCUACAGCUGAAUUCAUGGCUGCAUGGAAUGAAGCUGCACGUCGAGCAACUACUGUUCAGCAUGCUAUGUAUUCUGUACCUCAGCCAGUCCAGCCAACUGAAGAAGUUCGACGAGCUACUGCUGAGUUCAUGGCUGCUUGGGAAUCUGCUGCACGGAGAGCAUCUGCUAUCAGACAAGCAGUGAGUGUGACUGCUGAUCCUUACUCUGCUGUACCAAAACAGGUAGAGGCUACUGAGGAAGUUAAGAGAGCCACAGCUGAAUUCAUGGAUGCUUGGAAUAAGGCUGCAGCUAGAGUAGGAGCCAUUCAGACUACUGUUUACCAAGUAGCAGGUACUGUACCAGCUGCUGCUCCUGCUCAAGCUUCUGGUUCAGCUCCCCGCUUCACCCCCUCAGUGGAACAAGCUACUGCUGAGUUCAUGAAGGCAUGGAAUGCUGCUGCUGCAGCUGCUGCAGCUGCUCCUGAUGUCAAUAUCAUCAUGGGUGCUAGCUCUCUUCCUCGGACUCCUGCUCAGACUGUUGUAUACCAAGCACACUCUGUUGGUACCCCAUCUGCUCCUUCCUCUUUCACUCCAGCUGCUCCUGCUGUACCUUCAUAUGGAGCUCCUCAGCCAGUUCAACCUACUGCUGAAGUUCAGAGAGCUACUGCAGAAUUCAUGGCUGCAUGGAAUAAGGCUGCUGCACGAGCAACCAAGAUUCAGUCAGUCCUAGUUAAGUCUGGAACUCCUGGUCAUUACACCAUUCAAGUUCCUCAACAAGUUCAGGCUACCAGGGAAGUACAAAAGGCUACAGCUGAAUUCAUGGCUGCAUGGAAUGAAGCUGCACGUCGAGCAACUACUGUUCAGCAUGCUAUGUAUUCUGUACCUCAACCAGUCCAGCCAACUGAAGAAGUUCGACGAGCUACUGCUGAGUUCAUGGCUGCUUGGGAAUCUGCUGCACGGAGAGCAUCUGCUAUCAGACAAGCAGUGAGUGUGACUGCUGAUCCUUAUUCUGCUGUACCAAAACAGGUAGAGGCUACUGAGGAAGUUAAGAGAGCCACAGCUGAAUUCAUGGAUGCUUGGAAUAAGGCUGCAGCUAGGGUAGGAGCCAUUCAGACUACUGUUUACCAAGUAGCCGGUACUGUACCAGCUGCUGCUCCUGCUCAUCCUUCUGGUUCUGCUCCUCGCUUCACCCCAUCAGUGGAACAAGCAACUGCUGAGUUCAUGAAGGCAUGGAAUGCUGCUGCUGCAGCUGCUGCAGCUGCUCCUGAUGUCAAUAUCAUCAUGGGUGCUGGUUCCCGUCCUCAGGCUCCUUCCCAUUCUUUUACCUACUCAGGACCCACCUCUGCUGUGCAUACUUAUGGUGUUCCCCAGCCUGUACAACCCACCCUUGAAGUUCAGAGAGCAACAGCUGAAUUCAUGGCUGCAUGGAAUGCUGCUGCCCAGAAGGCUACACAGAUUCAAUCAUCUCUCCUGAAAUCUGGUCAAACUCCUACACCGGUUGAUGCAACAGAUGCUGUCAAGAAGGCAACACAAGAGUUCAUGGCAGCAUACAAUGCAGCUGCUAGAAGAGCACCUGUUGUUGAACAGGCAGUGUCAACCAUUCCACAACAAGUCCAACAGACUGAGGAGGUUAAGAGAGCUACAGCAGAAUUCAUGACUGCAUGGCAUGAUGCUGCUCAACGAGCAUCAGCCAUUAAGCUGACAGUAUCAGGACCACAGCCAGUGCAACCAACUGAUGAGGUGCAGAGAGCUACAGCUGAAUUCAUGGCUGCUUGGAAUCGCGCUGCUGCCCGAGUUCCAAAAAUUGAGACAACCAUGUACACAUUGUCAGGCUCAAGUGCUCUGGAUACCUGUGCUGCUUGUGCAGCCCCAUCACCUGUUUCUGAUACCCCUGAGGUCAGAGCUGCCAAAGAACAGUUCAUGGCCACAUUCAGAGCUGCCGAAGAGGCUGCUCGCCGCGCAUCUGUGUCCCGUGGCGUACUGCCUGUUCCUCCAGUGUUGGCUGUGCAUGCCCCAUCCCAUGUAAUAACAUACAGCACAGGUGCCUCUACCCACGGUUACAUUCUUUCUGACCGUCUCUUCGCUCCUUUCCAAGGACUUCCUCUUCAUGUGAAGGACUGCUAAGAAGAUUAUGAAAAAAAAAAAAAAAAAAACUCCUGUAUGACUGAUCUAGCUAUCAUCAUUUAUAGAUUCUUGUUACUUUUCCACGACAAAUGCGAUUGUAAAUAAAAACGAAAUGAAUCAGAAUGUCAUAGUAUUAAACUAUUUCAUACGAAAUAUUA